UUGCCGGGUACGGGGUCCCGGAGGGCGGUGCCGGAUGCCGCGGGGCGGGUCGGGUCUCGUCUCUCGCGGCUCCGCGAUGAGUGUGGCGCUGCGGAACGCCCAGCGGGCCGUCCCGGUUCGUCGCGCCCCGCUCCGCCGCGCCGUGUGCGCGCUGCGCGCCGCGUUGGGCGCCUCGCGGUUCUCCGUGGGGGUGGUGUGCGCCGGGGACCCGCUGAUGCGGCGCCUGAACGGCGCCUAUCGGCAGCGCCCCGAGCCCACCGACGUCCUGUCCUUCCCGUUCCACCGCCUGGAGCCGGGGCAGCUGCCGCGGCCGCGCUGCCCCGAGGACUGGACCCUCGGGGACAUCUUUCUGGGCGUGGAGCUCAUCCACCGGCGGUGCCGGGACUCGGGCGAGGACUUGGACGCUGUCCUGGCGGUGAGCCCCGCGCCCCAGCCCCGGUCCCGCGGCCGCCGCAGCGCGUGUCACUUUCUCUGUCCCCGCGCAGGUGACGGCGGCGCACGGGCUCUGCCAUCUGCUCGGCUACCGGCACGGCACGCGGGACGAGUGGCGGCAGAUGGUCGAGAAGGAGGCGGAGAUCCUGGAAGCGCUGAGCCGCGCCACCGGCUCCCGCCUGCGGCCGCUGAGCGCCGAGCUCUUCUGAGCGCGCCGCCGCGGGAUGGCCCCGUGCCGGGGCCCCCGGUGGCUGCUGCCGCCGCUGCUCGCCCUGGCCGCGCUCGCCCAGCCGCCGCCCGCCGCCCUCCGCGCCGGCCACGCCGCCUCCUCGCUGCCCGCAGCCGCCGCCGCCCCGCGCACCAGGUGAGGGCACCGCGCUCCUCGCAGCGUGGGCACCGACGGGGCGUAGGAGGAAUCCUCGAGCAGCAGCUCCAUAUCCUUCCAGCACUGGACACAGUACUCCAGAUAAGGUCUCACAGGAAGAAGGAGUGCUGCAGCCUCUGAGCUCGUGCUGCUGCCAUCAGCUCCUCCCAAGAGUAUCCUACAGGAGUGUAGUUCCGAGGGCAACAACACCGGUGCUUGGAAAGCCACACUGUUCAACCCUUGACUUCCCCACCCCUCACUGGGCACAGACAUUUCUGCCGGAGCUUCCACUGUCCUUCGCAACGCUUUAACUACAGGUCGCAGAUCAGAAGCAGCUUGUAUCGGAAACGGCGUGACCAGCAGGUCCAGGGAGGUGAUUCUCCCCCUGGACUUGGCGCUGGUGAGACUGCACCUUGAAUCCUGUGUUCAGUUAUGGCCCCUCGCUACAAGAAGGAUGUUGAGGCUCUGCAACAUGUCCAGAGGAAGCUGGUGCAUGGAAGCAAGGAAGCUGGUGAAGGGGCUGGAGAAUGAGUCUUAUGAGGAGGGGCUGAGGGACCUGGGGUCGUUUAGCCUUGAGAAGAGGAGGCUGAGGGGAGACCUUAUUGCUCUCUACAACUACCUGAAAGGAGGUUGCAGAGAGGAGGCAGCUGGCCUCUUCUCUCAAGUGACAGGGGACAGGACAAGGGGGAAUGGCCUCAAGCUGCGCCAGGGGAGGUUCAGGCUGGGUAUCAGGAAGAAAUUUUUCACAGAAAGCGUCAUGGGGCACUGGCAGAGGCUGCCCAGGGAGGGGGUGGAGUCACCAUCCCUGGAGGUAUUUAAAAGAUGGGUGGAUGAGAUGCUCAAGGUCAUGGAUUAGUGGCAGAUAGGCAUGGUUGGACCCAGUAAUCCAAGAGUUUUUUUCCAUCCUGAUGAUUCUAUGAUCCUAAAAGACUGAUGGGCUUGAUUUCUUGGCGCAUUUCUUUUGUGAGCAGGGGGCUGCAGCAUUUGUCUCUUGAACCCUGCAUCCUGUCUGGAAACAGCGAAUGCCCAGGGAGAUCACCUUGGAGGGGCUGCUGCGGGGCUGUCAGAGGAGAGCACGCAGUGCUCUCUGCCAUGGAGAGGUUACUGCUGAAUGCACAGUGGGACGCAAGCCCUGCAUCGGCUUGGGCAGAGGGAAGAGCGCCAAAUGCUGAGGGAAGGAAGUGUUUGCUCUUAGGGAUGUUGUGUAUAUGCUAAUGUAAUACUUGAAUUAUUUCCACCCAGUCAGUGACAGACCUAAGAGCAGUGAAACUUUGGGACGUUAAAUUACUUAUACUUUAGACUGAUCUAAAAAGAUGCAAAUGCAAAGCCAAGUUCACUUGAAACAGAACCGAUCCUUGUGAUAUGACAACCUAUGAACACCAGAGUGUGCCAGGAAACUGAAUAUGCACACAGAAAAUUUACCUUUUGGCCUUUAAAAGGUGUUUUUUAUUGUCCACCCGAAAGUGCAAGAACUAGUCAUUCAUUUAGACUUGCACUACCUACGAGCUCACUGUCAGUACAGGCCCUAAGGUCUCAUACUGCCCCUGCCUAGCCAGUCAAAAUGAAAAGUGCAGUUCACGUGUGAGUGUGAAAUUACGUGUGUGUGUGAUUUAGUGGCAGUUUUGAAAUCUGGUCUGGAAAUGUACUAUUUAUAACAGGAAAUAAACUUAACGCUAUUCAGUGUGCA